AUGGUUCUGGAGCUGGUCGACAUCGAGGGGACGCAAGUCAUCGAGCCCGCCUGGAAGAGAAAGGACGGCGGUGACAACUCCUUUCGGAUUCUGAUCAACGGAAUCCUCGCUGCCGCCAAAGAGGCCCCUAUCGACCCCACAGACUCGUCCGAGGCGCAGAGACUGAAGAAAACCAAAUGGCUGCCGCCGCUGGCAGUGCCGCUGCAGAGCCCUCAGUCUCGCCCAAGCACCCAUGGCUCCAAGUCCGGGUCUGAAAUAAAACGGCUUACAGCGACCCGAGCGACGGACUCGUUCCCGCUGAAGGAAAUGCAGAGCUCAAAUCGUCUCAAGAAGCGGCUGAAGUACAAUCCAAAUGGCAAGUUUAUCCUCAGAUUCCAGGAACAGGGCAUCCUCCAAGAAGCCAGGCUCCGCGAGAGACAAGAAGCGGCACGCAAGAACGAUCAGGGCAUCGACUGGACAAGGAUCCGGCCUUUGAGCCGAGACCCACGAUUCAUGCGAUAUAUCCAAGGGCUCCACGAGCGAGGAUUAUCCAUGGCCGAUCCCUUUGAAAGCACUCGACUGCCCGAGGCCCAGUCACCCGAAGCCAUGAUAGGACGCAUGACCUUUGAAAAGUCCCUGGUCGAGAAGGCGCAGAGCUCGCAAGAUCUUGGCAAGCUCCCGAGUCUGCCGUCCACGGCCCUCGACAUGGACCAUCGACGAACAGCAUUCAAAUUCUUUAUGCCCAAGAGCGCUCGCGCCGUGCAUACAGCCCAAAGCCUUGACGACGAGCCCCAUCAGUUCGGUCGUCCACAAGGACUCGAGGAGGAAUCGUCCGAAGAGUUCGUCAAAGCCUUCCGUGACCUGGUUUCGCUUGGGGAAACCGUCCGCGACAAGAAGCGCAAAGUGGAGCGCGAGACGAAGGAGUUUGGAAUAUCGAAGCCGACGCUGACGCCAGGGAUCCGAAUCCAGAGCCCAGCUUCGAACGACAACGUGGGCAAGGCCAAGUCAGAUACGACAUUGUCCAAGCCAGAUACCAGCCGCUCCUUUGCCUCCCGGAGGGUCGUCCGAAAGACGCCCUCGGAGCUGCACAACGACUUUUACGAGUACCAGAGACAGGAACUGAAGAAUCUUCGCGAGACAAUCCAGGACCGCAAGACCCGGCGUGUGCAGGCUUGCCGGGAUGCGGCGUCGGUGCUACCCGUCAUCGGCAUCGUUAAGCGGGACAUGGUGCCGAUCCGCGAGCGACCCAGGGAGCCGGGCAUAUCCCAAUGGCACAAGCACGUGGCGCAUCUGUGGGUCCCGAACAUCGAGGAGGCCGUCAGGGCCUCGAUUGCAGAGAAGAAACGGCAGAAGCGAGAGAAGGAGGACGAGGAGAAACGCAAGGCAGAGCAACGAGCCGCCGCCGCUGCCACCAGCGAGCGAGAGGAAGCCAGCACAGCGACGCACCUGCCCAAGAUCCCCCAGGCCGUGCAUACACCAGCGGCCGCAACGACGCAGGUGGCAACCGAGCGACCCGGCUGCGUUGUGCGGUUUUCGUGA